AUGGCCAUUUCCAAUAUUGGAGUUCAAACAAACCACCAUUUUCAUGCACUUCAAUUCUUCAUCUUCUCUUUCAUUCUCUUCAAAGUUCACUCACUUUACUUCACCUUCCCUAACUUUCAACCAAACAAUCCCAACUUAUUCUUUGAAGGUGAUAGCUUCACCAGCAAUGGUGUUAUUCAACUUACAAACAACCAAGCCGACGGCCCCCUCACCGAGAGUGCCGGCCGAGCUUCCUAUGCCAAGCCGAUGCGCCUAUGGGACGCCUCCACAGGGCAGGUUUCGGACUUCGCCACCCGCUUCUCCUUUAGAAUCAACACACUUGACGAAUCUUUAUAUGGUGAUGGCAUAGCCUUCUUCAUCGUCCCUUACGAUUCCAGAAUCCCACCUAACUCAACAGGGGGGGGUUUUCUUGGAUUAUUCAGCUCCCACUCUGCUUUUGAUACCUCCAAGAAUCAUGUUUUUGCUGUUGAAUUUGACAGUAAGCAGGAUGAUUGGGACUCGAGUGACAAUCAUAUAGGAAUCAAUAUCAAUUCCAUUAAUUCUACUCGUCAUCUUGUGUGGAACACCAGCAUGAAGGAUAACCGAACAGCCAAUGCCUGGAUAACUUACAAUUCCUUCACUAAAAAUUUGUCUGUCUAUCUAACUUAUGUUAAAGAUCCUGUAUUUACUAGAAAUGUCAGCAUCUCAACUACUGUUGACUUGAAAACUUUAUUGCCUGAAAGGGUCAGAAUUGGAUUCUCCGCCGCCACGGGGAACUGGUUCCAAAUACAUAACAUCAUUUCUUGGACCUUCGACUCAACCUUGGAAGAUAAUAUUGGAGGUGGAGGUGGAGGUGGGGGUGGAGAUAACAAUAAAAAUAUUGGUUUGGCCAUUGGCAUAGGUGUUGGGCUUGGUGUUUUGAUAUGUGGGUUGAGUUUGUUCGGAUUUCUUUGGUGGAGGAGACAGUUGACAAGGAGAAUGGAAGAUGUGGAAGAUCUUAUGGAUGAUGAGUUUGAAAGAGGAACUGGCCCAAAAAGGUUCACUUAUAGGGAAUUAACUCACGCCACAAAGAAUUUUGAUGAGGCCGGCAAGCUUGGAGAAGGAGGGUUUGGAGGUGUUUACAAGGGUUUGUUAACCGAAUCAGAUACAGAAAUCGCGGUAAAGAGGGUUUCCAGAGGAUCAAGACAGGGGAAAAAAGAGUACGUAUCUGAAGUGAAGAUUAUAAGUCGUUUGAGGCAUAGGAAUCUUGUUCAGCUCCUCGGUUGGUGCCAUGAACGAGGUGAUUUCCUAUUGGUUUAUGAGUUCAUGCCCAAUGGUAGCCUGGAUACUCACCUCUUCAAAGGUAAAACCAUGCUAACUUGGGAGGUUAGAUACAAAAUAGCAGUAGGUUUGGCUUCUUCUUUGCUAUAUCUUCAUGAAGAAUGGGAACAAUGCGUGGUGCAUAGAGAUAUCAAAUCCAGCAAUGUAAUGCUGGACUCUAAUUUCAACGCCAAACUCGGGGAUUUCGGGCUUGCAAGGUUUGUGGACCAUGAGAUGGGCUCACAAACAACUGUUCUGGCUGGCACCAUGGGGUAUCUAGCACCAGAGUGUGUGACGGAUGGCAAGGCCAGUAAGGAAUCAGAUGUUUACAGUUUUGGUGUGGUUGCUCUUGAGAUUGCCUGUGGACGGCGGCCAGUAGAAGCAAGAGCGGAACCUGAUCAAGUGAGGCUUGUGGAGUGGGUGUGGGGGAUGUAUGGCAGAGGCCAAGUCCUAGAAGCUGCAGACAAGAGACUGGAAAUGGACUUCGAUGAGCAACAAAUGGAGAGUUUGAUGGUGGUGGGACUAUGGUGCUGCCACCCUGACUUCAAGAUGCGGCCCUCCAUAAGACAGGUGAUUAAUGUUCUAAAUGUUGAAGCUCCACUGCCCGCCCUGCCUUCAAAGUUACCCGUGCCGAUGUACUUUGCGCCGCCGUUGAAUUCAUGCAAGUUAACGUACACAUCGACAGGUUCCACCGAGACGCUAGUGGAUAGAAGUGAGUGUUCGUGUAGUAAUUGUUCGACUUGCACCACAGAAUCAUCCGGAUCAAGUAUGUCGCUUUUGAAAUCACAAACACAGCAUUAGUUUGCAGCCUACAUAGCCUCAUGGUUGUUAUUAAGAUUUUUCGGUUUUACCAUUUUAUG